GGCACUUUCAAAGCAUGCAAGUAGCUCUGGAACAACUGCAGAAGUGGAGAAAACAACGGACAUGUACGAAAAGAAACUAGAGGAUAUGUCCAACAGUGCCAGUAAGUGUAUUCCAUUUUAACAAAUAGAGUAAUUUUAUUAAUAACUUUUUUAGGUUACCCAAUGAAAAAGUGAUGUUUCUAUAUUUAAAAUUAAAAAAUCUGAGCAAUACUGAUUAUUAUUUUUUUAAUUUAGAAAUUAUGCUUGAACAAUAUGGUCAAUAUCUUCAGUGGUGAUCCAAUCAAUUUCAUCACUGGUGGUCCAAUCAGUUUCACCAGUGGUGGUCCUAGUAACUUCACCCACUUAAUACACUCCUAUUAUUUCCAAAGAUCUGAAAUGCAUCCCGUCAGACCCUAUACCAACCCCCCUCUCAAACUACACCAUCCCAACAACCUCCAUCUCAACCCCACUGUCCCUCUCAACACCCACCAAAUCCCCUCGACAAUAUCUAUCCCCAUUCUAACCCCUAUUAUUCUCCACUUACCUCUUAUCCUGCCCCUACACUGUGCCCCACAAGGACCCUACCUGCAUAUUUCUCCUUAAUCCCCAAACACUAAUCUACUCAACAUCUCCUCAGCCCCCCUUCCAUCAUGCCCUUUCCCUCUCUACCCCACCCAUUAUCCUAGAAUCCCCAUAUUCCUAUUAGCUGUCUCCUUACAGUCCACUUUCUCAUCCUUAAUACUUCGUAAGAGCAUUUGAGAAUUCAGGUGUCUUAAAUUUUUGUUUUCUUAACGCUGCGUACAAAAAAAAACAGGUUCGGAAGUAACAGCAGCUAGCAAAAAUAAGUUGCAAAUCCAAACAAAACAAAAAAUAACAAAGAAAAUUAUUAUUAUUUUCAUUCUUUUGUUGAUAGUGCUGAUUAGUUGAAGACAAAUUAUUUUAACUGUAUGUUUCAUUUUCUCAAUAUAAAAAAAUUAUGCUAGCUUGUGAUAUUCUCUCGAAUGACACAUUUUGUAUUGGACAGUUGAAGCUUACUUGCAUAAUAUACCAAAAAACUGGCAACACUGGCAAUUUUACCUCAUGGCAUUUGAAAUUCAACAGAAAUAACACUCGAAGAGACCCUGGCCAGUUUUGAGCUCCAGAAGAACAUUUUAGUUUCCCAGUUGAAAGAAGAGUUCAACAGAGAAAUGGAGAAAGUGGUGGCAGAAACAAAGAAGCAACAAUGGGUGAGACAGUAGUCACAUUCAAAUUAAUUUUUUUUAAAUAAACUUACCAUUUAUAAAUCUGUGCUCAACUGAGGGUCAAUCUGUAGUUAUUGAUGAGAAUCAAAUGCUCUUUUAGAAUGCAGUUAUUUAGAUCUUGACUGGAAAAGGUAACAGCUAAAAUAAAUUAUAUUCAUUAUUUUGUCCAAAAAAAAAAAUAGAUUUUAAAACCGUAACAUGCCAGUAACUAAUUACCAUUUGUUCUAGGUUUAACUCAAAGUAAAUAUAUCUAGAUUUAUUAAAUCCAAAGACAUUACUUUGCAUGAAAGUGCAACAGCUCACCAUAAUUUGAAUGAAUGUUGCCAGUAAAUUGCAAACUUAAAAGCCUCAAAAACCUUUGCAGAUUAUGAAAAAGAUGUAUUUUUUCUUUCUUCCUAUUUGAAUUUAAACUUCUUUGAAUUUAUAGUUCAUCAUUUUACAGUCUUAAAAUAGUUUUUUUUUUUUUAAUUUUUUUUUAGGCAGGUAAAAUAAUAGAUCAUACUGAAAUAAUAUUUGAAUUUAAUUUCCAUUUUUCACUCUUCCUUUUUAUGUGAUCAUACUUGUAAAUGUAUUCUUAAGAAUAACCCUAAGAAUAACAUAACUCAAGUGGAUUAUUUGUCAAGGUUUGAAAUUGUCCUAGACUGUAUUGCUGAUGAGUAGUAAUACUAUUAUCAACAAGUCUACUAGUUUACAUGCUUCCUAAAGUAUUUGUGAUCACGAAAUGUAAAUUUUGGGAAAAGGAAUGGUGCUUAAUUCCUUUUUUUCAUCAGCUGUUAAAAUUUUCUAUAAUGGUUCUGCAGUGCAUUCAUAUGUUAUUUAAUAAAUAAUUGCAAUCUUGGUACCGGUACCUCUGUUGUUAUUUUUUGAACUAGUGAUAAGUCUUUAUGUCUUUGGCUUUAAUUUCCCCAGUGUGCCGAGUGUUUGAAAGAAGCUGUUUACUAUUGCUGCUGGAACACAAGUUAUUGCAGCUAUCAGUGCCAGCAGAAACACUGGCCUUCUCACAUGCCAAAGUGUAUGCAGACCCAACAACAGCCACCACAAACAGCAGCAGCCUCAUCAACACCACAGGUAUUUUAUCUUUUUAAUUAUAUUUUUAGAUAAGAAGAAAUUCUGGCAUAAUAACACAAUUUUAAUUAAAUGAGAUCAACCAGACUAAAGUUGUUUUUUAACUGUGGUUCUUUUUUUUUUUUUUUCCUAUGUUUUGUGUGUUCGACACAAGUUGAAAAGUUUUAAAAAAAUUAUUUUAGAAUUCAUUUCAAAAUAUCGGUACGGUAUAUUGCUGCAUAUAAUGCUCAAAAUUUAAGGUAAAAAAUGUGACUUAAAACUAGGGGUUGGUAUUAUAUGAGUGUAAGAAUUUGUUUCAUUUCUGGUAAAGAAUAUAUGGACCUAGCAAUGCAACCAAAUCUUCUUGCCCAAUCGCAUUUGGGCGACAGAGAGCCCAUCGAAUCAAUGCAUAACACCUGUAAUGUCAGUAGCACCCUUUUGAUGAGAUGUUGUUCUAUCGGUAUAACCGUAGUUCAUUUUAGAUAUUACAAUAAUUUUAAGGAAUUUCACAUUUCUAUUAUAAAUAAAUAUUUAUUUUAUUAAUUUGUAUUGUAUUAUUAUGGACAAGACUAACAACGCAUUAUACGUUGACAUGACACUUUUCGGCUCCUUUUUUUUUUUCAAACAAAAUGUUGGGGGUUUUGCAUUAUAAGGGGAUUGCGUUAUAAGUGGUAAUAUGAAAUGAAAUUAAUGAACAGAAGUUGGAAGUUGGGUUUAGAGCAGCCUGCACUUUUCAGUCUGGCGAAUUCAUGGAAACAAAAUAAACAAUUCUAGGAAAACCUACUUGGAAGCGGACUUAUCAGCGCUGUUUUCUGCAAGCAAAAAAUAGCAUUGAUGCUGAAAAAUUAUUAUUAGGUUUCUAUUUUUUUAAAAUUAAAUUUCAUAAUUUUAAAAACUUAUUGCAACUCUUCUUAGCUUAACUUAGCACAUAAAUCAGAAGUUGACCAGGAUCUGUCAUACUGUAUCAAUAAAAUCAAACAGAGAAGCAUCAGCACUAAUUAUAAAUUUGCCUACUGUUACCAUGACUGGUAAAUCAAAGGGCUAACUAAAUAAUCCUCUCUUCUACAUUGCCAGAAUGUAAACAUCAUCUCAACCCUAGCUCCAGGCACCGGUACCACUAGCAAUAACGUGAGUGCAGUUUUAAACUCUGGACCAACAACUUCAGGGAAAGCUAAGAAAACUGUUGCCUUAUUGUCACCAUCCCAGGAUACAGUUAAGGUCAGUUUGGGACUUUCAAAUUUUAAUUGGUUUCUUAAUUAAGAAUUUAUUGUACAAAAUUCCUUCAAGUUCUUUGGACUUUAUUUGGUGUCUAGUUUUAAGAUUAUUUGAUUUUUAACCAGGGCACAGCUGAGACUUAUUAGAGUCACCAAUGAUGAUUUAUUAACAUAAUAUUGUGCAUUGUGUUGUCACAAGAAGGGUAGACCUCAGUCUCUUUCCCACCAUCCUGGGGUAUGCCACUGGUGGCUUAUUCAUUUUUGCCUAAUGUGCAGCCCCUAUUUUUCUACAUGUGCAUCCCUCACCCAGCCCAAGUCAUGACUUGUGAUGUACUAUGCUAGUUCAGGGCACCUCACUAUAACAAGUAUGCACAUGCAGGUGCAUGUACAUGGGGGAAGGGGGCAGUUGCUUCCAAUCUGAGUUGGGGGGUAAACCACCCCGCCCCUUCCCCGUUGCUGUUUUUUUAAUUUCUCCAGACAACAUAAUUAAUAUGGGAAAGGAAAAAAUGAAAAAGCACAUUUAACAAAAAAUGAUGCCCUUGUUUACAUGUUCUCUUAAUAUGUCAUGCUAUUACUGCAUAUUAUGUGUCUUUCCAAAUCUUUGAUUGAUUUAAUUUAUAGUUCAAAUAAUGCCUUAGUGUGAUGAUCAGCUCAUAUGAUAAACUGAUAUUACCUGUUUGUCCAACUUUGAUACCAACAGAAAGUCUUUAAAAAAAAUUUUGAGAUUGAAUAAAGUACCAUGAUGUGAUGAAAGGGAUUUUUAAUUUUUUGGUUCUAAUUCACAACCAUUUUUAAUCUCAUGUCAAGCACAUUACCAUGAUGCUAGCAAAAAUUUAAUUUUUAAAAAUUAAAAUGUAAAUAAAGCACAAAAACUGUGAUAGAAUUAUGACUUAUGAGCAUUGUUGUGUGCAUUGAGUGAACUUUGUGACCUGAUUGGCCUGUGUUGCUGUCAUGUGGUAUGACUGGACAUGGUGAGUUGUUUUCAUGAAUGUUUAAACUUAAAGCCGUGAAUAUUGGUUGGAAAAAUGGAGUGGGUGAUCAUGUGAUGUGAGGUAUAAAAAGAAUGUAGAAUGAGGAAUAAAUAUUAGUUGUUACACAGACGAGUUGGCAUCGCAUUUAAUAUUACAAAAACUGGAAAUUAUAAUUUUGCUGUCAGAUGAUUUAUUAUUUGUUUAAGUUGUUGAAUAACUGUUGAUGUUCUUUUGAAUUUUGAGAUGGUGUGUUAUGGUGAAAUUAUUUAAAAUGCAAAUAGUUUUUACACAUUUGAUAAAUUAUAUAUUUAUCAACCCCCUGAAGACUUUUACACUUUCUAAAAAUUAAUAAUUUAAAAUACACUUUGCAGAGCACUCUGGGUAAAACAAAGUUCAAGUUGGUGCCCAGUCAAUCUUCAAAUAACACAAGCAACAAUACUAGUUCGGUCUCCAAGGUAAUGGGUCAUGUUUGUUCAUGGUCUAAAUUCCCAAUUCUUUUUCACUAUUAUAUUUCUUUUGAUUUUUUUUUUUUUUUUUUUUUUUUUUUUUUUUUUUUUUUUUUUUUUUUUUUUUUGCUUUGGUCAGUUUCUAUGGUGAGACUGAUUUGAUUGACCAACAGACAAUUGAGGGACAUUUGAUGAAGUUGGAUGUAAAUUCUAGUACAUUUUUUUUUUUUUUUUUUAUUUUUUUUUUUUUUUUUUUUUUUUUUUUUUUUUUUUUUUUUUUUUGCUUUGGUCAGUUUCUAUGGUGAGACUGAUUUGAUUGACCAACAGACAAUUGAGGGACAUUUGAUGAAGUUGGAUGUAAACUCUAGAACAUCAGCAUACGUUAAUCUUACCAUGUUACCCAGUUGGCUAGAUAUUGUUAAAGAGAUUUGCACACACAAAUUAAAAGACAAUAAACGAAAUGGAGGGAAAGAAAUAUAAUUAAAUUUAAUAUUCACCAUUUUAAGUGGUAUAUGUUUUAGAUAAUUUACCACUUUUGAAAUGUUCCCCUUUAAAAUGAAACAUAUUUUUGUAUGUUUUAAUAAAUUUCUAUAUAAUCUAUUGAACAAACCAAUACUAUAAAAUAAAGUUUAAGGAAUUAAAUUUUUGUAAGUUACAAAAAGUUGUUUUUUUUCUUUUUAGGAUAUAACAUGGCAGCAGCAGCCAAGGCAGAAUAAUGCUCGAAGUGUUCAGUUUAUAAACUCAAGUGGAGCUAUACAGGUAGAUCUGAUGUACUUGUAUAUUUUGUUAUUAGUGUUAUAAGUUAUGGUUGUAUAUUGAAGUUGUGUUUGUAUUUUGAAGCUGAAGUCUUGUGUAGAAUUGUUAUUUUUGUGUCAGAUAACAUAUUAUAUUAUUCUUAUACUAUUAUUAAUGUUAAAACAAUGCAGGAAAUAUUUUAAUGUUAGAAUGUUGUUCCUCUGUGAGGUUAUGCCGCGUUGAGAUCUUGCAUUUUUAGUUUUGGGAAAUGGUCAAUCAUCCUCAGGUUAAACUUGUCCAUGUCAUUUUCAUUGAUCAGUGUUGUAAUUGCUGGUUUUGUUUUAAUAACCAGGUCCCCACAACUUUUGGUACCAAUUUCCAGAUUCAGUACUUACCCCAGCAAAGAUCACAGGGCACAAUGCCCCAACAGGUUAGCAAUGUUAUAAAUGUAGAUGCCCUUUCUGGGUAUCAAAAUUAGCCUAAUUAGUAUUAGCGGGUAGAAAGUAAUAACACAAUAGGAAAUAAAAUAUUUCAAAAGGAGAUUAAAAAUUAGCAAGAUUUGAAGUUUUUAGAACUUGAUGAUAAAGUUGCUUGGCUUAACGUCUAAAAGAUUUAUAUGGCAUGAGCUCUGUUAAGGGAUAGCUGCUAAAGUAAAAUAUAUCCCCUGUUUUUUUAUAACCAAAUCAUGCUCUUAUAAUUUUCUGAGUCUUAAAUUGCUAAGGCAUAACUAACACCAUGUUUUGUUUUCUUAUUAGUGGUGGUUUUAGAUUAGUCUACUGUUUUGCAGUUUAUUUUUCUAAAUCUCAAACACCAUCUCUUCCUUUUACUAAUGUCCAUUAAUUCAGAGGAUUAUUUAAAAAUUCAGGGAACAUUUGAAAUUAAUUUUUUUUUUUUAAAUAUUUUUUUUACCUUAUCCUUAGGUUCAAGUCAUGGUACCAACUACAUCCAUUUUAAUGCCACCAGUUGUUGCCAAUGGUCAGUGCAGUGUUGACCCUUCAGUCCAGGUCAUACAGAGUCCAUCCAUCUUCCCACUGCUGCAACAGCAGUCCACCAUCCAGCACGUCUCCCAACCUCAACAGCAGCAGCUUGGCUCAAAUCAGUACAUAUUCCCACAGUAUUUUGGUGGAAAUAUUGUUGGCCCUGGACAGCCUCAGUGACACAUGAUAUCGAUGAACUUGUUUUCAUUUGAAUGUGUUUCUACAGUGCUCAUCACAACUUGUAAGUGUUGUAUGAGCUCAUCAAAUCAUGGCUCUGGUAGAUCAAUAGUGUCUCCACACAGAAAUUUCACCUCCAAAUUGGAUCUAAUAAGACUUUGGAAGAUCUCACACAAUUAUUGGCAAAUGCAACAUUUUUCAUGUGCUUACUAAUACGCUGUGUAUAGGGCAUUGCUGAUCCAAGUAGCCAUACCCUGUGGCUAUAAUUAUACACUGUAUCUGUCAGGAAUGCUGUUCCAGGCUCAAGCCUGCAGUCAUUUUAGACUUGACUCAAUAAAAAGUUUUGUUUUAAAAACGUUUUAUGGUGCUACAGACCUGCAGUCAUGUUAGUCAGGUAUGGGACACUUGGUGCAUUUGUUAAAAACAGAGGAUCCACUUCUGUUUUAACCAGCCAACCCUAACCCCAGUAACUGUUCUGUUGAGGGAGGAUUUAAGCACUUUGUCCAAAACAAGAUGAUCUUGUUAAAGAAAUUCUGUGGCAACUGGGGGCACUCAUGGUGUAACUGUAAUGGUAGCUGGCUUUCACAUUUGGGCCACUCAUUUAUAUUCCCUAUUUACCGGUAAUUCACUUUUACUAACUUUUACUGGAUCUGCUUUUGCCUGAAAAUAUCUAAAAUAUGUGAGUUUUGAAAAAGCAGAAUACAGUAAAUCGCCUGGUAAUACAAAUGACGAACCAACAAAUACUGGUAUGCCGCAUGCCAUUUGCUAUUGUUUUGAAUAUUUUAUUCACUAGAUUGUUUUUUUACAUUGACAACCGGCUCAGUGGGCAUUGUUUCAUUGCUUACUGAAACGUUCAAUUAGGACUUCUGAACUGAGAGC